UCUCACUCCCUCUUUUCCUUCUUGUCUCCUUUUUUCCCUUAAUUCAUCUUCCUCAUAGUUGUCUUCUUCUCUACUUCGUUCCAGUUUGUAGGUGUUAGUCUGAUGCAUGUAUACUGGGUGCAUUUCAGGAGCAUGUCAAGUCAUCGUGGUAACACAGGGCAGGGGCAGCCUGCUCAAGUUUGAGCCUGUCCCAGAAUGCACCAGCUGUUCCGUCUAGUGCUGGGACAGAGAGACCUGUCCCGUGCAGGAGACCUCUUCUCUCUGGAUGACAGCGAGAUUGAAGACUGUCUGUCCCAAGCCCUGGAGGAAAUCAAAGUCAUAUCCUGUUCACCAGACUACUUGACCAAUGACAAUGACCAAGCGGUGGUGGAGAUCUGCAUCACACGCAUCACUACAGCCAUUAGGGAAACAGGUUCGAUUGAGAGGCACGGAGCAGCUCUUGUGUCACUAUGGGAGUCUUGUCUCGAGCAUAACCUCCAGCCUCAGGGCAAAGACGAAGACACACCCCAUGCCAAGAUCGCCUCCGACAUCACCAGCUGCAUCUUGCAGAAUUACAACAGGCCUCCAGUGAUGGCAUUAGCGGUCCCUGUGGCAGUGCGGUUCUUGCAGCAGGGGAACCAAGAGCUGAGCAGAAACAUGUCCAGCUACUUGUCACUGGCUGCCAUUGCUAAAGCUGAACUCCUGGCCCAACACACAGAGGCCAUCACCUGCAGCGUGCUGGGAGGUAAUGCGAUGCUGUUGAGAGUGCUGCCAUCUGUGUAUCCACGACAACCAGAGCCCAUCCAUCAACACAUCCGUGAACUGAUGGCGAUGAUGUCCCAGUUGGACCAGGCCGGCAGACAGCACCUGCUCAGACUACUGCAGAUGAUCUCUGAGCAUCACCCCCUGGUAUUGUCGUCUUUGGUGCCAUCGUUGAUUGUUUACAUCAGUGAUAGUGAGCUCAGUGACACUGCCUUGAGUGUGUUGGUGAACGUGGCUCAGGCAAGCCCCGCCUCUCUCGUUCCUUUCCUGUCCACCCUAAGAAAUGUGGGUCAGAAGAACCCUUGGUUGUUGGGACACAUCGCUAAGAUCCAUGGGGCAGUGGGUCUGACUAGUGAGGUCCAGGCUCACGGGGCGCUGCUGUAUCUGGUGUCUCUGUUAGCAAGUAUGGAGCACAGUGCCCAUCACACACUACUGCUGGAAAUCCGCUGCCUGACCGAUCGCUACACCUCCAUCCUGGGCGGCGGAGUAAAAGACAUCUACCGCAUGAGCAACAGUUUCACCGCCAUUGCACGACUUUUGGGACGCAAGCUGGAGGCUGAGAGUACAUUUAGCAGAGAGGAGGAGAAGGUGCAGGAUUUGUCCAGGCCAUGUGAAGCCGAGUCUAGUUCGGACAUGUUUGCUGAGAACCAGCGUCUGCAGGUGAAGAUCCAGGCUUUCGAGCAGAAGAUGGGCGAUGAGGUGGAGUUUGAGGAAGAGGGUGCUUCCCCUGGUCCUGAGAGACGCCACAGUCUGGGUCAGGCAGCGCGAGAUGAGCGCAGAGAGAUGAGGUUCAACAGGUCAAAGAGUCUGGCUCUUCACGCUGUACGCACACGAUCCAUUAACUCUGACAGCAGUCCAGAGGGAGAAGGGCUGGAUCUGAGCACAGAACUCGGUGUCUGUGAGGCCAGUCCCAGCCCAGAGACCCGUCCUGCCCUCACGACCCUGCAGGAGAACCACAAACUCACAGAGACUCAGCCUGACACAUCUGCAAACAGUGAGGGCCAAAAGGGGGUGGUUGGAGACCUCCGGGAGGGAGAUAGACUCUGGAUCCACCUAAGAGACAACAUGGAAGAGAUCAAAACCUUCUGUGCGGAAAUGAUCAAACAAAUUCCCAUACCUGAGCACUGUGUCAUUGAAGACUCACAUCGUGGCUGUGUAGCUAAGCUGUCAUUCUCCUGUCCACUGAAAGGACACUACUGCCUCUACGGGAAGUCCUGUUUCUCGCUGUGUAGCCACCAGCCACACCUCUGGAUCCAAAUCAUGCUACUGGCACUGCAGAGUAAAGUGAGCGAGGCGUUGUGCUGUCAGGAUGAGUGUGUUAAGCAGCUGAGGAAACUUUGGGAGAAAACACAGCUGACGGGAGCUCACAGCUUUGAACUGGCCAUGACCCAGGCAACUGUUCCUCACAAGAAGGAUGUGGACAGUUUGCAGAUGUAUCUGGAGGAGGUUCGUUUCUUUGACCUGUUCAGCUACAGUGAAGAGGAGGGUGGCUGGCUCUGUUUCAUGUGCAGUAACCCUGAGAAAGCCACAGUUGUUAACCAGGAUGGCCAGCCACUCAUUGAGGGGAAGCUGAAGGAGAAACAAGUGCGCUGGAAGUUCAUCAAAAGGUGGAAAACGCGUUAUUUCACCCUCGCCGGCAAUCAGCUUCUCUUCCGAAGAGGAAAAUCGAAGGACGAACUGGACAACAGCACAAUUGAACUUAGCAAAGUGCAAAGUGUUAAGGUGGUUGCAAAGAAGAGGCGUGACCGCGGGCUGCCCAGAGCCUUUGAGAUCUUCACCGACAGCAAAACCUACGUGCUGAAAGCUCAAGACGAGAAGCAUGCGGAAGAGUGGCUGCAGUGCAUCAAUGUGGCUGUGGCGCAGGCCAAAGAACGUGAGAACCGUGAGGCCACCACAUACCUGUGAUGCUUGUUCUGCUGAUCAAGCCAGAUGGGUACAUCUUAUUGCCACGUUAUCUCAUUAUGACAGUUUAUCAACAUCAACGACAAAGGCCCUUCCUCAAAUGCCACUUUCAGCCUUUGCAAGUCAUCCUCCACCUAAAUUCUUGUGAUGGUAAGCCAGAAAGACUGUCAGCAACAAGGGCACAUUGUGGCCAAAAAUGAUCCCUCAUGAGAACCCUUAUGAAUCAUGAAAUAAUCAAUGGGACAUCCUACAGUCUUAUGGACUUCACAGACAUCAAGUGCGUCAUUCGGGAUAUGACCAAAGAAAAAGAGUGACGUACAUUGAGGCUGAGCAACACUGAGCUGUGCCUGUUCUACACUUCACACUGACGCUCGUUCUAUAGGUCAUAUUGAAACGUUUUGAAAACAGAUAUCAUGAUUUAUUUCAUCUUUGUCUUCCAGAAAAGUAUAGAAGACUUACUUAGAAUCAGCUAUCACAUACAAUUAGAGCUGUCACAGUUAACAUGUUAACGCAUACAGUAAAUACAGUAAGUUUAACACUUAAUUAUUUAAUC